CUCUGCCAUAUUCUUAUGCAAUUAACAGCUAACAGCUCCAUUUUGCAUCAGAUUCUUUUAUCUAUUCAUUCAAUUAUACCCAAAUUUAGCUUCCUUUUCAACCGUUGAAUUGAAUCCACCCCCGCGUAGACUCUCUCCCUUUCUCUCUGUCUUUUCAAUCUUUCCCUAUCUGUCUCCCUCUGUGUUUUUUCUCAAAUCAAACCAACUUUAAUUCAUUGUUUGUCCCAUUAUCGAACCAAGAAUUGGAAUAUUGAGAUACCCGUUUGACUCAUUUUCUUGAUUUUAAAUACAAGAAAUUCAAGAUUAUAAUGUUCAAGAAACUCAACGUUUCAGCGUUAUUGAUUCUGAAUUCAAGAAAUCCAACGUUUUAGAGUUCUUGAUUUUGUUCAAAGGCGUUGUGGUUCUUGAAUCUUGAAGAAGAAGAACCCAAAUUCUUGAAUUUCACGAAAGAAAAAGGAUAAGAAAUUCAAGAAUUUGGGUUCAAACCCAGAUGCUGAAGCUAUCUGAUUCUUCUUUCGAUCGUGGUUCUUGAUUUUGUGUAAUGGAAACACGGUUAUCAAUACUGAUCUUGGUAAUUUUAGGGCUUCUAUGUAAUUUCUUUGAUCUUCUUGUUGAGUCUAAAUCACAAAAUGUCCCAGCCAUAGCUGAUUUCAUAAAUCCACCGCAGACCCCGUUGUUUCUUACGCCUCCACCUCCGCCUCCGCCUCCGCCUCCGCCUCCUCCUCCUCCACCACCACCUUCACCACCUCCCCCAUCUCCCCCAUCACCACCACCUCCUUUAUCUUCACCACCACCACCAUCACCAGUAUCACCUCCUCCACCACUACCAUCCCCUCCCCCACCAUUACCCCCACCGCCACCAUCACCAUCUCCUCCUCCACCACCAUCUCCAAGAAGCAUUAUCUCUCCCCCGCCGCCGCCAAGGCCUUCAUUGAGAGAGCCCUCUUCAAAUGGAAGCAGACGGCCACCGGAGAAUAGUAACCAAUCAAUGAAUUCAGGGAAAAAGAUUGGGUUGGUAUUUGUGGGGUUUGCCGCAGUUUUACAGAUUGGUGUAAUCGGAUUCUUGAUUUUCAAAAGAAAGCAGCUUUUGAGAAUUCAGCAUGUUUAUGAAAAUUGUGAUUCCUGAAAUUAUCAUCAAUGCCAAAAAAGUUCAGAACUUUGACGUUUUUUUUUGUGAAAUUGAUAUUCUUUAUUCAGAUUCUUUGGCGGCAAAUUUGAUUUGUGGAUGCCAAUGGCAAAUUGGGUUGAUUGGAGGUUUGGUUAGGUUAAUUCUUGGAGGCCUCUCUGUAAAUGGUAUUUAUUCUUGAUCUUGUUGUUGUUGAAUUUGUUUUUCUAAUGUAGGUUUCUUGAUAGGGCUUGUAAUUUAGGGACUUAUCAACCCGUUUAUUGGUCAUGUCAUAGUGUUUGUGCUAACAUACUUGUAAACAAUGUUUCGGAGAUAAUUGAAGGAUUGCAAUGAGAAAUUCUAGUUCA